GUCCUUGCAAAGCUGAGGGAGAGGCAGGCAUUUUAGAGCUUGGAGGCCCCGAAUCUGUGUGUGAUGUUUGAGCAGUGGGCAGGCUUGGUAGGGAUGGACAUUUGGGCCUGGCAUGAGAAACCCAGGGUAGGUGGACCUGGGCUUGGUCCCUGAGAACAUGGCUAGGACAGAGUGUGGGGGAGGGGACACCAGGCUUGGGUUCUGGCUUUCCGGAGGCCGGGACACUCCUAGGGGUUGGAGUCUGUCCAUUCCUAGUUUAAAGCCUUUUGCUCGUGGCGUUUGGCAUUUGACAGUGACUGAGCAAAGGAGUGAUGGCGUGCAGAUGAUGGGGAGGAAGGAUUAGCCAUCAGAGCCUAUUUGGCCUGGACAGUUGCUAAGAGGAAGGGAAUUCUCAGUGUUUGGCUGUAGCCAGUGGAGUUGCAGGUGGGUCAGGACUGGGCCCAGCCUGUGCUUCCUGGGAGAGGAGUACUUAACCAGUGGGCAUGAAAAUGGAGUGUGUACCUGAGAAGCAGGCGUGUGUGGAUUUUUGGAGCCCUGGUGUGGGCAGAUGCCUCCCUCAACACAUUAUUGAAACUGUGGUGUAGCUGUGAGAACCCAAAGAGUAAAUAGAGGGGCCAAGGCUGAGAGGAGGAAGGGACCGUGGAGUUUGAGGGUGACUGUGGUGUCACCAGGAGGCAGGUUGAAUGCAUCACGGUCACGGGUGACAAUAAAUUUUAUGUCUUUGUCUAGACAGGACAGUGAACAGAGAGCCCUUGUACCAGGUGUUAGGGAGAGGAGAGCCCUGCUUGGAAGUGACUUUCAGCUGGGUGGGUGAAGGCUGCCCGAAGUGUGAACAGGCCCAGAUACGAGUGCCCACGAUCUGGGUACCACAGACAUGACAGCCAGUGCUGGGGACUGAGGAAGAGACAGUGUGGCGACAGUUUUCCUGAGGUUGGCCCGGAAGGUGGAGGGAAGCAGGCAGCAGAAGCCCGGACCGGUCAGAGGAACUGGAAGUGCAAGUGUGCUGGUUCAGGUUCCGAGCUCGCCGCCCGGGAGCGGCAGCGCGCUCCGGGCAGCUGGACAAACCCCGCGCCCGGCUGCGCUGCGCCAUGCCGGAGGGCUGAGCGUCGCGGACGCUGCUCUCUGGGACACAGCAGGACUUGGUCCCGCUUUGCGUGGGGACUGCGCGCGCCAGGGCCGAGCCCGGGCCGCUGACCAUGGUGCUGCCGCCUCCGGACCGGCGCCACGUGUGCCUGACCACGCUGGUGAUCAUGGGCAGUAUGGCCGUCAUGGACGCAUACCUGGUGGAGCAGAAUCAGGGCCCGCGCAAGAUCGGCGUGUGCAUAAUUGUGUUGGUAGGCGAUGUGUGCUUCCUGUUGGUGCUGCGCUACGUGGCCGUGUGGGUGGGUGCCGAGGUGCGCACGGCCAAGCGUGGCUACGCUAUGAUCCUCUGGUUCCUCUAUAUCUUCGUGCUGGAGAUCAAGCUCUAUUUCAUCUUUCAGAACUACAAGGCGGCGCGGCGUGGAGCGGCCGACCCGGUGGCUCGCAAGGCGCUGACACUGCUGCUGUCCGUGUGCGUGCCGGGCCUGUUCUUGUUGCUUGUGGCACUAGACCGCAUGGAGUAUGUGCGCACCUUCCGAAAGCGCGAGGACCUUCGCGGCCGCCUCUUCUGGGUGGCUUUAGAUCUGCUGGAUCUGCUGGACAUGCAGGCCAACCUCUGGGAGCCGCCGCGCACCGGGCUGCCUCUGUGGGCCGAAGGCCUCACCUUUUUCUAUUGCUACAUGCUGCUGCUGGUGCUGCCCUGCGUGGCGCUCAGCGAGGUCAGCAUGCAGGGGGAGCACAUCGCACCGCAGAAGAUGAUGCUGUACCCGGUGCUCAGUCUGGCCACCGUCAACGUGGUGGCUGUGCUGGCCCGUGCCGCCAACAUGGCACUCUUCCGCGAUAGCCGAGUCUCCGCCAUCUUCGUGGGCAAGAACGUGGUGGCGCUGGCCACCAAGGCCUGCACGUUCCUCGAGUACCGUCGCCAGGUUCGCGACUUUCCACCACCCGCCCUCGCGCUUGAGCUGCAACCACCUCCUUCCCAGCGCAACUCGGUGCCGCCACCUCCGCCACUGCAUGGUCCGCCAGUGCGCCCCCACGGGCCCUCGCCCACUCGCGAUGCGCUGGACACGUGACAGGCCCCCCCCCCCCCCCCCCCCCCCCGCGGGCCGCACAGACGCUGGACUAGCUGCGCGGUUUGCAUGGGAUGGGAUGGGGCAGGCUCCCAUUUGGGACAGGGGCUGUGAAUACCUGUGCAGUGCCUGGGGUGCCGGGGCCGCGUCUGCUUCUUCAUCUCAGGAAUCUCUCGGACCACGGACCCUCAACUUCCACUCCACCGGCUCACCUUGAUGCACAGGGGCAGUUUGGUGAGGCCUGGUCCCGAGUGGAGAUGCCUCAACCUCUGCCUGCUGCUGGGCUGCCAGGGUGGGAAAGGGAGGGCUGUGUUCCAGGAGAUCUGGACCUAUGGUAGGGGCCCCUGGCUCAGAGUUUGGGGCCAAGGAGGCCUCUGUCAUUUUAAAGACUUGUGUUUACAAUUUUGUA